GUUCAAGCCACGAGCUGGGGCGAUGAGGCCCUGAGCAAGUGUAAGCAUUGGGUUGUUUUGGAGCCCCUCGUGUAUCUGAUGCCCAAAGCUGAUCCAAAGCAGACUGCCAAGGACAAGCUCGGACAGAAAGGUCAGGGUGAGAUUCUGGAAGGUGAUGGACUUCGAAUAGAAGGUGUUCGAUGGCUCCGCGUCAGGCAAGAUAGUGUUGAGGCAUGGGUGCUGAUUGACGGCAAGGCGGUCGGUGCUGACCGAUGCUUCUUGCUGAUUCAUGACCGGACAGAGAGUCGAAACAUGCAAGCGGACGUUCUGGAGGCGGGUGGCAUCUAUCAUUCAUGCAACCAGUGCAUUGUGAGUCCUGGCGUCCUAGUCGUGAAGGUGCUGCGUGCUAGCACUGUUGCAUGCCACCACCUUGGCCCACGCAGAGGCAGUCAGCACGCGGAUAUCGAUGAGACUGAAAAUGGCUCCUCUGAACUUUACGAGGUUGCUGGCCGAUCCAGGGAAAUCCGCGACGAAAUGAACAACGUGAUUGGUGUUGAGGUGGACCACGGCGAAGCCGACGAAGCCGAGGACCGGCGACUGGGAGAGAUCUGUGCCAGCGUCGAACCUGAUACCUGGUUUUGCUCCGGCGCAAUGCAAACUCUGUGUUGCUACAGUCACGGUGUUCUUCGCCCUUGCAGACGUGUACACUGCGUCUAUGGGUGCACACGGGGGAUAUGUAUCCGAUCGCACAGCUAG